GGUAUUAAGAGAAAGUGGCUUACCUACUGUGAGAAAGAAAACUCACUGUACUGCACAGUAUGUUUGGCAUAUGCAAAGCCAUCUGCAAGUGACAGUGCAUUUGUUAAAGGUGGAAUGAAAGCAUGGAAGCAUGUACAUCAAUGAAUAGAAGAACAUGAAAGAAACCAAGUGCAUUGAGAUAGUGCUGAAGCAUAUUUUAUGAAGGCCAACUACGCAGACAUAGCAAGUCUACUUGGAGGAAAACAAAUGUCACUUCAUCGUGAACAGGUCAAAAAAAAAACGUCAAGUCCUGGACCAUGUCAUAGAUGUAAUAAAGGUCAUUGGAAAGUGUGGUCUUAGCUACAGGGGCACUAAUUUUGAGGCUGCAUACACUUGGGAAAACAUGGCUCUUGACCAUGGAAACUUCUUGAAAAUGAUCCUGCUGUUAAGCAAAUUCAAUGUUUCUCUCCAAGAACAUGUAAGUGAAUGUAUAAAGAAAAGCUAAAGCCUAAAAGAAACUGGGUCUAAAGGAAGAGGAUCCCUUGUUACACUGCUCUCUAACACAUCUGUCAGCAAAAUAAUUGACAUCAUUAGCCAUUUGAUCAAAGAAAACAUUUCAAGGGAAGUUAGGGAGGCAGGAAUGUUUUCUGUGCAGAUUGAUACGACACAGGAUGCUACCUCCACAGACCAGUGUGCUGUUGUUCUCAGGUAUGUGACUGACACUGUCCAUGAAAAGCUCAUCGGUGUUGUUUCAUGUGAGUUAUCAACAGGAGAUUAUUUUGUUCAACUACUUAAUGAAACUCUUGAAAAGGUUGAUAUUGAUAUCUGGAACUGUGUUGGUAACUCGACAGACGGAGCAGCAAAUAUGCAAGGCCAGUACAAGGGAUUCUCCACUUUACUGUCAUCAGAGUCCCCUAACCAAGUACACAUCUGGUGCUAUGCACAUGUGCUUAAUCUCGUUCUGGGAGACACCACGGGUGUUGUGAUAGAAAGUGCAUCCCUUUUCUCCAUUGUGAAUGAUAUUGCCGUUUUUCUCAAGGACUCAUACAAGCGUAUGAAUAUGUGGGAAAACAUCAGUGAUGACAGGCAUCACAGGUGGCUGUCCCCCAUUGGGGAGACCAGGUGGUGGGCAAAGGAUCAAGCCCUAAGCAAGAUAUUUGGCUCUUUUGGUAACCCCGGCAAUGCCUUGUUUGUUGAUUUGGUCAUAACAUUGAAAAGGAUAGUGCAAGAUAUGUCAAUGAAAGCACAUGUCAGAGCAAGAGCUAAGGGCUACAUUGAGUCCUUACUGAAGCGUGAGACCGUGCUUACAGCACAGAUAUUCUUAAGGAUCUUUGAGAUCACCUCACCACUGUCCAGAUACCUUCAGACUAGUGACAUAGACCUAAUCACUGCUCAUCUGCUUGUAAUAGGUGCCUUAGAUAGGCAAAAAACAUGCAACAGGGACAUGGAUGGUGUCACAAAAGCAGCAAAUGUAUUUGCUGAGUGGGCAAACAAGAAGCUGGAGGAGAGCGGCUCCAAAGAGAUGGUUCAGGUGGAUCUACAUGAAAUAAGGAUCAGAAAGAGGAAGACCAUGCCAGGUGAAGUUGCAGAGGAACAGCAUGGGUUGAGUGCAGAGGAUCAAUACAGGAUCAAGGUGCACAAUAUUAUUUUGGACACGGUCACAGAGAGCAUUCAGACUCUCUUUUCAGCAAAUUAAGCUUUUUAUGAUGAUUUUGCAUGCCUCGACCCAUUCCAUCAGCUCAGUAAGUGCCUUCUUAGGUUUGAUGACAGAGCCACACCUGGAAGGCUGAAGGCUGAGCUCUGUAGUCUUGCCAGCCAAUGGGAGAGACUUAAGUUGCCCCGUUUGGAGUCAUACACUGUCUGGACUGCAGAAGAGACAGAAACAGGGAAAACAUGGAGCUGAUAAACAUCAGUUGCAACUCCUGUAAAAACUGUGCAAUUUGUGUUUAUCACAUUCUCUCCAAAUACAACCUAAUGACUGAUGCUUAUCAUGUCAU